AUGCCUCCACCACCGCCGCCUCCUCCUCCUCCGCCGCCUGGUGCCAUGGGUGGUCCUCCUCCGCCUCCUCCACCUCCUCCAGGAGGUCUUCCUGCCCGUCCGCCUGCUGGGGCAGGCAACAGA